UGGUAGAUGCGCUUCCUUGUCACACGGAAACUACGUACGAGUGAGAGCUCUUACUCUAGUGGUUUAUACGGGAGGUUGACGGUGGCUUCCUGUUGCGAGUCGGCUCAGUAAACAACAUUUCGAGGCGCAACGUGGAUAAUAAAAGGUGAAUGAAUCCUUCAAGUCAUGCUAGAAGAAGCAAUGGAGCCAGAAGUUCUGUCCUAUCAGCACGCACCAGCUCCCCCUCCAUUGGACGGUGACACCGGGGAGGCGGGAUCAGAGGAAGCAGAUUUUGGGGCAUUUGCCUAUGGCCUCGCUGCUUCCGCUCACCCACCGUUCCUCAAGUCCGGCUUUAGACUCCGGACGGACCACUCCAGCAGGGAUGAGGUGAAAGUAGGGCGGCCCUCUUGGCACCUCACAAACGGCUACUGCGGCGCUGCGGAGGAAACGGGCUUCGCCGACUUCACUGUGUUUACGGAGCAGGCGGCUCACCCGUGGUGCUGCGGCUUCGCUCCACUGGGUGGCGCCGCCGUGGGGACGAAGCUCUCCGGCAGUUUGACGGAAGGACGCCAGGUCGUCAUGGACGCCGAGCCCAGAUCUCGCUGCCAAAAUGGCUCAUCUCAGGACAAGUCUCACCAAACGUCCACGUUACAGGAGGAGCACGCCCUAAACAAGUCCACUACGGAGGACCUGGACUCUCUCUACGAUGAUGUCUCCUUUGAGGGUCCGUCUGAGGACUCCGAACCAAACGUGUCCUCCCUCGCCUCCCAUGGGGAUCAGACCGGUGAUGAAGACGAGUCGCUGUCAGAGUGGGACCUGUGUAGUCACCGUGGCGACUGGGCUGCAUCUCAGGGAACUACCUCCAAUAACGAAACGUUUGACAAUGGCGUUGACGGAGAGACGCGGGGUCUCCCUCCGAGUGACAGCUUUGCAGAUUUCUGUUCAGCCGCCACACUGGAAGAUGGCGGCGGGACGUGGGCGGAGUUUAAAGACACUCGGAGCAAGCUUGUGGAUCAAGUCGGCAGCCUCCAGUUCCUCCAGGCUUCCUUCCCAGAGGAGGAGGUCCCACCCGAGGAGGACAAUGUUCCGAGCCUGGGUGCUCUGCUUCAUCCUCAGGAGGAGGAGCACACAUCUCAGGGGGUACAGCGUGGCUUUUGGCGCCCCCACCAGGACAUCCACAGUGCAGCAGGCCUGAAGUUCCAGUGGGCCGCUUCCCACGCCAACAGGACGCUCCUCAGGUGUCUCGGUGUGGACACGCUGGCGAGGCAGGAGCCCAACAAGGACUGUUAGCCAGGAGUUGAAACACACACCUCAUGAACUCAGCGCAACUCAUCACCAGCCUGCUGGAUGAGAGCAACCCCGUUCUCAGUUCUCAGGGGUUCUUGGUUAGAGCAGCCAUGCAGUACCUGGACUCUCCUGAUGAUACAUUUUUAGUGUGCACUCGACCUUCUGCAGGACAUGUUUUCUCCUUCCGGGUAAUCACACUGUGUCCUCGCUUCCCAACACUGGAUGGGAAACACUUUUAAAAAGUUUUUAGCUUUUACCACAAUCCAAAAAGUGCAGUCAAAGCAAUCCACCACGGAAACACUGUGCCCACCUCCUUCAGCUCGCUAUUUUGCACUUUUAUUUUUUGUCCUAUUUUACCAUUUGUAUAUUAUUAUUUAUGUAUUUACUAUUACAGUAUUUAUUCACCGCCUGUCCACUAACUCAACUGCAUUAGGAUGUUAACAACUCAUUAGCUCCCAGUGUAAUAACAUUGAUCUUUUUCCAUGAUAAUGUGUGCCUUUAUGCCACCAAUUGUAAACUAUCUUUUUUUUUUUGCUCCAACAAAUUUGCAUACAACUUGUUUUUCUUUUUUAAACACAUUCAGGUUUACUGCUGGAAUCCAAAUGGAAAACACUGCAAUAAGAUGCUCGUACAUACGGAAAUAAAUCAGAUGAUCCUCA